AUGGCAUUACAGCAACCUUACCAUUACCUUACAAUACCAUCCAACCGGAACCGAAUAUAUCUUACUCAAUCAUCCGGUGACAAGAAAGGGAGGGGCACCCAGUAUUCACCUGCCGAGCAAUUUGCACCACUUACAUCGACAUUUCAACAACAGCUUGUGAUAGGCAUUGGGUCAGCCUCUUUUGUAGCUAUUGGUGCUAAUUUCGGGGGGAUCACAAGCUUCCUCUUCGGACUUUCUCCGGAUACAGGGCGUAAUCUCAAGCUAGAUGUUCUUUAUCCAAUAGGAGGAUAUAGUCGCUGCAUUCAGCCAGAUGAAGGAUUUACUACAUGGGUGGCGGACCAAACAUUAUUCUAUCGAGCAGCAGAACGGGCAGAACAGGAGAGCUCACUCGAUCCCCCUCCACUCAAUUCUGAUAAACGUAGCAAAAGGAAUGUGAAUGAAUCAGUCAUCGCCUUUGGUCCUCCUGGCUCGGCUGGUGAGUUUAACGUCAGCGUCAUUGUUUCAUCAGUCUCUCCAGAUUUAAGAUGUGAAGGCUACAUUGCUGAGAUCAAACCUGAGAGGCGAUUCUCUGAGAAACGUAAAUUAUUAUGA